GUUCCAGACCCUUAUAUAAAGACCUCCUCGGGCUGUUCUCCUCACCCCAUUUCCAUCUUUAUCUCCUGUCUUCUCAUACAAAAGCAAAAGAUGAAGGGCUCUCAACGUUUGUUUUCAGCUUUUCUCCUUGUGAUUCUCCUCUUCAUGGCUACUGAGAUGGGCCCGAUGGUGGCUGAGGCUAGGACCUGUGAGAGUCAGAGCCACCGGUUCAAGGGAACGUGUGUCAGGCAGAGCAACUGUGCUGCUGUUUGCCAGACCGAGGGUUUCCAUGGAGGAAAUUGCCGUGGCUUUCGUCGUCGAUGCUUCUGCACUAAGCAUUGUUAAUUAGCGAGUGUGAGAGCUUUCAAACAUAUAUGUGUAGAGUACUGAGUAGUAGUGAUGGGUGAAACCAUCUCUCCUUUUCAACUUUGUGGGUGUGCCUGGAAAAUGACACUUCUGUAUGAGCUGGCCCGUACUAUGGGCUCGUGUUGGCCUUGUGCGUUUGGUUUGAUCUGCGGUCUAUAUGAUAUUAUAAUAAAAUCUCAAGUGACUUUCAUUGUCA